UUUCCGAGGUGAAAAGAAAAGAAAAAGAGUCGAAUGUGUAGGAGUUUGAGGUCAGAUUCGUUGAAAAGACACGGAGAAAUAAAGGUAAAAAAAUUUCUCCAAGGGACCCCCUGCCCGAUACCCUACCCACCUCACCCUCGCUUCCGGGAGAGAAAGAAGUCGAUCGCGAGCGUGUUCGAGGGGUCAAAUUACUUGAAAACACACGAAAAAUCAACUGAGAAAAAGGGUUAGGAUUGAGGGUGGGAGAAAAGGGCUUCUGUUAUCUUCAGAAAUGUAAACAAAGCCACUUACGGUACUUAUACCGAAGGAUCGCCAAAAAAUGUUCUCACCGACCAACCCCCGUGUGCUUUUUUUAUAAAUUUACCAACUUUUUACUAUUUUUUUUUUGUUGUGGUGAGGUUGUAACUUUUAUUGGAAUAUAACACGUAUGUGUAUAUAAUACAUAUAUAAUACAAAUCUACAUUAAAAAUACGAAUCCAAAAUCGGGAGGAAAAUGGGAAAAGAGGAAUAAAAAUAGAAAAAGAAGCAAAAGGAAUAAAAUAUCAAUUCAACUUUUUGUCCGGAUCUUGUCUUUUCCGCUCCGCAUCUUCCAAAACCAUUUCCGGUGAACAACAUGAAAGUUGUUGAUCGAAUUCUUCGAAGAAAAUACGAAGAUGAGAGGAGAAGAUCCUGGUUCAAACUGGUAUAAAGUUGUCUUUUUAUCACAUCAGAGGCAUCAUUAAUAAUUAUCAUCUUUUAAAGACAACGGAAGAUGUUACGCAGAAUAAUUGUAACCAUGUUUAUAUAAAACUGAUGAAUUAUGAUAAAAUGUUUCCGCUGAGUGAAACUAUUAGCAAUAUUUGUGUAUGUCAGUGUCUAGAAUAAAUGAGAGAUAAUUUUUGUCUUGUAGAUAAACUUAGAUUUAUAAACGGCUUUGCAGCAUAGAUCACAGUUGAUGGACACAAAACAGAAGGUGUGUUUGUUAGAAAUAUAAAAAGGAAAAUAAAAAACAUACUUCAGUGAAAGAAGAAAAAUUGUUUAAAUGACUUAUUCUUUAUUCUAAAGAAAUGGCAAAGAAGUUGGCAAAGUCUUCAUAUGAGUGUGACACUUGUAAAAAGUCAUUCACUACAAAAGGUUACCUUACUAUCCACAUACGUAUUCAUACAGGAGAGAAACCAUAUCACUGUGAUAUCUGUGGUAGAUCAUUCUCUCGAAAUAGUGAGUUAACUAUUCAUAAACGUCUUCAUACAGGAGAGAAACCAUAUCAGUGUGAUAUCUGUGGUCAAUCAUUCGUUCGUAAAGAUAUUUUAACUAAUCACAUCCGUAUUCACACAGGAGAGAAACCAUAUCAAUGUGAUAUGUGUAGUAAAUCAUUCCCCAACAGUACCAACCUGACCGAUCACAAACGCAUUCAUACCGGAGAAAAACCAUUUCAGUGUGACUUCUGUGGUAAAUCGUUUAAUCAAAGUAAUCAGCUAAUUAAACACAAACGUAUCCACACAGGGGAAAAGCCCUAUCACUGUAAUAUCUGUGAGAAAUCAUUCUCUCGAAAUGACGAACUAACUGUACACAAACACAUUCAUACAGGAGAGAAACCUUAUCGGUGUGAUAUCUGUGGCAAAACAUUCCAUGAAAAUAGUGCCUUGACAGGACACAAACGAAUUCAUACUGGAGAAAAGCCAUUUCCUUGUGAUAUCUGUGGUAAAGCAUUUGUUCAAAGUAGUAUCUUAAAGGGACACAAACGCAUUCAUACAGGGGAAAAACCGUACCAUUGUGAUAUCUGUGGUAAAUCGUUUCCUCGAAAUAAUUCUUUGACUGAUCAUAAACGUAUUCACACAGGAGAAAAACCAUUUCAUUGUGAUAUUUGUGGUAAAUCAUUUAUUCGGAGUUAUGAUUUAAAGGGACACAAACGUAUUCAUACUGGAGAAAAAACCUACCAUUGCGACAUCUGUGGUAAAUCAUUCUCUCAACGUACUGCGGUAACUGUACACAAACGUAUUCAUGCUAAAGAGAAAUCAUAUCAUUUGUGAUAAUUGAGGUAGAUUGUUUUUCUUACAGUAAUCUUUUAACUAAUGUAUUCAUAUGGGAGAAGUCAUGGCUAUGUUAUUUUGCAAGUGUCAUUGUGGUAUUAAACUUUACAUAAUACAAAGU